UGUAACCACUUGUUGCCCACUGGGAGGCGACACAGGCAAUUUCUAUUUCCGUGGGUUUCUCGGCUGGGGAACUCAGUCAAAAAGAAACAAACUGUAGUGUGUUUGGUGAAACUGCAUUGUCAAAUACCCCCUGUGCUCCCAUGUUCUCUAUUUGCAAACAAUAUGUGCCCGCGAGUUGGCUACAGCUUCCGCGCUACCCACUAACGUUAAUUACAGCGACACACACACUCCCUUCCUCAAUAUCUCACUCCCCCCUGCUCAUGAAAACUUGUUGCAAUUCUGAAUGUACUUUUUCUCACUGACACCAGGGCAAAUUUUGGGAUAGGAUUUAGGAGAGUUCUCAUUUGUCAUAAAAAGGAUUAUCAAAGAAGUCUUCGAAUUGGAUUCUUGGGAGUGUUUCACAAUGGGUCGCAGUGGAGUUGGAGCUAAACUUCACUGGACAGUUUGUUUUACUUGGUGAGACGCCAGCGAUGGAGCGAGGACAGCGGCGAGGCGCCGGGACACUCUACGCACCAUACGGACAUUAUUACCGGGAAAUUAGCUACUCGGUCAGGAUGUGUGUGUGAGGGCUGACAGACUGGGUCCAGCCAUGGAAUCAGAGCAGAACUGCAGCUCUUACUGUGACUCCAGACUCUGCCUCAUCCACCCUGGAGUCAAUACACAAAAGGGCCUGGAGAUACUGCAGAGACUAUGUACCCUGAGCACGAUGGAAGGGGAGCUGCAGAGGCGGUCUCUCUCCCCAGUGCUCUGUGCAGUUGUCUGGACCAUGCUCUCCUGUGGCAUUUUGCUGGCUUUCUGCUUCCUGCUCUUCACCCUGCGCUUCAAGAACAACAGGAUAGUGAAGAUGUCCAGUCCUAACCUUAAUGUGCUGACUCUGUGUGGAAGUAUCCUCACCUACAGCAGUGGCUUCCUAUUUGCUUUUGAGGAACGCACCCACCUACAAGGGGGAGGAGCCAGAGCAAUACUCCAGGCCAGGAUCUGGACAUUGUGUAUUGGCAGCACUCUGGUAUUUGUGCCCAUCCUGGGGAAAACAUGGCGGCUCUACAGAGUAUUCACCCAACAUGUUCCUGACAAGAGAGUGAUCAUCAGAGACAUCCAGUUGAUGGGCUUGGUAUCUCUGUUGAUUCUGCUGGACCUGCUGGUUCUGACCGCCUGGAGUCUAACCGACCCGGUCAAAUGUGCUCGGUCCAUUGGGGCUGUGGUCAAGGUGGUGGAGAGGGACAUGUCCUACUCUCUGUCUCAGCUGGACUCCUGCUCCUCUCUCUACUCAGACCUGUGGCAUAUCCUCCUCGCCGUGAUGAAGGGUGGCCUGCUCCUGUAUGGGACCUACCUGGCUGGUCUCACCAGCAACGUCAGCCUCCCUCCGGUCAACCAGUCCCCCACCAUCAUGACCGCGGUCAGCCUGGUCACUCUGUCCACGGCAGUAGGGGUCCCGGUGUCACGGUUCCUGCAGGCCUGGCCCAACGUGGUCUAUAGUAUGGUGGCUGGGGCCAUCUUCAUCUGUACCCUCGCCACCAACUGUAUGCUGUUUGUACCUCAGUUGACCCAGUGGCGUCGGUUUGAGGAGGAGCACAACAACCCUAGUCAAAUGGCGAAGUACUUCAGCAGCCCCAGUAAGAGUGUCCAGUCUGUCUACAGCCAGGAUGAGAUCUACUACCUCCUGGGGGAGAACAACUCCAUGAAGAGGCUCCUCAAUGAGAAAAAUGCUGUGAUUGACAGUCUGCAGGAGCAGGUGAACAAUGCCAAAGACAAGCUACUGUGGCUCAUGUCCAGUAGCCACCCCCACGAGGACCAGGAAAUUGAUUCUUCCACCACCAACCUCCACUCCUCAUUCACCCAGACCAUAGUUGUGCAGUCGGACUGCCUUCCAACUCCCCUGCCACACAGGGACAUAGCAGAACCUCCCCUCUCUUCUCCUCCCUUUUCUGCACCUCCUCUGUCUGCUCCUCCCACUACUUCUGCUGUCUAUACACCUUCUUCUGAUUCUCCCUCUACUCCUCCACCUGCCCUCUAUCCUCCCCCCGGGGAUGGUGUGAAUGUUAAACAGUGGAGUGUAGAAUUUGGUCAAGACAUCCAGGGUGCAGGGAUGGAGACUGAGACAGGGUGGUGUAAGGUUGAGGGGAAUGGGUCCCAGCAGCAGUGUGGAGGAGUGAGGUCUAACCUCCCAGUCUCCCCUAAGCCCUCUGUCUUCUCCAGGACAGGAGUCAGGACACCAGGGACGAGGGCAGGGACAAAAACCAUACCCUCCUGUCAGUCAAACUAUGUCACUACUUCUUCCCAUCUCUUUCCGGUGGGAAAGUCAGAACCCUCAGGUUGCCAUGGCCAUCCCGUGUUGCCAAGGGUUACAAGCGUCAGGCCGGCAGGGUUUGUGAGCAGUGAGCAUCUGCAGGAGAUCCUCCAGGAACUGAGUGUGGUCCCUGUCAUGGAAACGGCCCUCCGCUCACCCAAUCACAGCAGGGGGAUCAGGAGACCCACUCUUCCCUCCUCGACCGACCCCUCAGUCCGCUCUCCUCUCUCCCUCCAUGCCCCUCGCACCCAUCAUCCCCCUCUCUUCUUCCGCUACCCCAGUAUCUCCCCCUACGUGAUGAGGAAACGCAGACCUCCUUUCCAUCAACCCAGAGGGGGGCCUCCGCCCUGUUACUACCCAGGGUCAGAGACUCCUCGCUGGGGAAGGAGGAGGGAUGCUGGAUCCUUACAACUUGAUAAGCACCCCUCAAAAACACAACCCCAGCUUGAGCCUGUUGGCACAGAGACCAGUCCCCUCCGCCCUGAAGACAGUGAUUCAGAGGGAUGGGAAGAGGCAGGGCAUAGAGUAACAAAUAGGUGUGGGAGGCAUGGCUCGAGGUGGGAUCACCGGCUACCACCCCCUCGAAAAUGCUCCAUCACCCCCUUCUCAGGACACACCCACUCAGGCCCUUCAAACGGGGAGGGGGGCGGUGAGGGAGGGCUAGACCGAGACCGUGGCAGGGACUCUUAUGGUUACUGGGACUCAGACUCCAGCAGCUCGGCUGACUACUGCUACUACCACCGACCCUACUGCAAUGCCUGCCUGCCACACGGCUCCCACCCCUCCAGCGACAGCUCCUCCUCAUACUCCUCGGACAGUGAGUGCAGUGGCGUCGCUGGCCUCUGCCGCUCCACACACCCUGUGGUCAACUUCAAGGAAGACCUCAAUCCCACCUUCGUAUGAGCCUGUCUGGAGCCUCAUUUGAAUGGGUGCUGCGGAAGAAUCAUUCAAGUCAAAUUGUGUUGUAAUUUACUUUCAAUGGCCAGUUCACGGCAGAACAAUUGAGUUUACGCAGUGUUGUAACGCUAUUGAGAAGUAGUAAAUUGAGUGUGAACUGAUGUAAAUGCUUUCCUUGUAGGCCUACCCAUCCAACAUGGCUAUUUAGAAGGCAAAACAUCUGACUUUGCAUUCAUGGUAAUGUUCUUCCUUAUCUACAUGAGGAGUAUCCUUGCAACACAUUACCUAACAACAAUCACCUUAGAAACUCUUUCAUUUGGUUGCAAGUGUUUUAGAAAUGGGACCAAGUUGGGGUGUGUUGUUCAAUGGAUUGAGAUUGCUGUAUGAUGUCUGCGAUCUGCUUUUAAUUGAUUGACUUUGUCUUUCAUUAAUUGCUCUAACUGCCAAUGUCUCUAGGUUAUGUUAUAGAAAAUGUAUAUUUGUAGCUAAAUAUGAUACAGUAUUUACAGUAGAUCAUAUAGAUUGUUACAUGUUACAAAAAACAACUUUUAUUUAUCUGUUACCACAUACAGUGAACUCCAAAAGUAUUGGGACAGAGACACAUGUUUAGUUCUUUUGGAUAUGUACUCCAGCACUUUUAAAUUGAAAUUAUAUAAUGACUAGGAUGUUAAAGUGCAGAAUGUCAGUUUUAAUUUCAGGGGAUUUUCAUCCAUAUCGAGUAAACCAUUUAGAAAUGACAGCAAUUUUUGUACAUAGUCCCCAUAUUUUAGGGGACCAAAGGUAUAGAGACAUUCCAGGUGAAGCUGGUUGAGAGAAUGCCAAGGGUUUGCAACCCUGUCAUCAAGGCAAAGGGUGGCUGCUUUGAAGAAUCUCAAAUAUAAAAUAUAUUUUGAUUUGUUUAACACUCUUUUUGGUUACUACAUGAUUCCAUAUAUGUUAUUUCAUAGUGUUGAUGUCUUCACUAUUAUUCUACAAUGUAGAAAAUAGUAAAAAUAAAGAAAUACCCUUGAAUUAGUAGGUGUGUCCAAACUGUUGACUGGUACUGUAUGUAUUAAAGUAGUCCAAUGACUACAGCAAGCUUGUGACUCUACAAACUUUUGCUUUUUGUUUUUCUUGUGUUUCAGAUUAUUUUGUGCCCAAUAGAAAUGAAUGGUAAAUAAUGUAUUGUGUCAUUUUGGAGUCACUUGUAAAUAUGAGUAGAAUGCUUCUAAACACUUCUACAUUAAUGUGGAUGCUACCAUGAUUGUGGAUAGUCCUGAAUAAAUCAUGAAUAAUGAUGAGUGAGAAAGUUAUUCUAUUACCUAUUCUAUUCUUAUUUACAAUAAAAGUGACUCCAACAUGACACAAUAUAUUAUUUACCAUGUAUUUCUAUUGGGCACAAAAUCAUCUGAAACACAACCAAAAUAAACGGCAAAUGCAUCCAACAAGUUUGUAGAGUCACAACCUUGAUGUAAUCAUUGCAUGCUGGGAAUGUGGGACCAACACUAAACUUUUGACUACUUUAAUACACAUAAGUGAAUUUGUCCCAGUACAUUUGGUGUCCUAAAAUGGGGGGGACUAUGUACAAAAAGUGCUGUAUUUUCCCAACGGUUCACCCAAUAUGGAUGAAAAUACACUCAUUGUAUAAUUUCAAAUCCAAAGUGCUGGAGUACAGAGCCAAAACAACAACAAAAAAUGUCAAGGCCCCAAUACCUUUGGAGCUCAUUGUACAUACCACAGAUGGCCUGUGUCACAUUAAUUGGGGAGUAGGGGACCAUAGUAAUGGCUGGAACAGAAUUCAUGGAAUGGUAUCGAACACAUUAAACACAUGGUUUCCAUGUGUUUGAUAGCAUUCCAUUAACUCCAUUCCAGACAUUAUUAUGGGCCAUUCUCCCCUCAGAAGCCUCCUGUCAAUACAUAUAGUAAAUAAUAUGUAGGCCCAUUGUAACCAUUUUGACUGAGUUGGAAUGACAUGUACGCUUUUGUUUACCUUUUCAAACAUCAAAAUCCCUCAAUGAAGUACUGUAUGUUGGUAUUUUUAUUGAUUUGCCUGUUUGUGUGCAUGCGUGCAAGUGCACAAUGUACUCAAUGUAUUGCAUUUUAAUUGGAAGCUCUGCCUCCAAUAACAAUCAAUUGUAAUUCUCUGUGAGCUGAUUGAUGAUCUAUUAUAGCCUAUUGACCUGUCCCCUUCA